AUGAAAAGCACCUACAACAUCCUUUAUUUCAGAGAAUGGUCCAACAAAUGGCUAGUGUUCAUUGUCGUCUGGGUGCAGUUCACGACCCAGCUCGGCCUCUGUUUCUCGCUAGGCGCUCUCUUCCUGGACUUUCAGCUAGCGUUUGGAGCGAGUCGCUUGCAGACGGCGCUUGUACAGUCAAUCAUGAUAGGUGUCGUGCUGUCUCUGUCGGUGUUCAGUGGCUUCUGCAUCCGGAGAUACGGCCUCUUCAAGGUACUACUGUGUCCCGCUCUGCUCUCCCCUCUGGGUUUAAUGACGUCAUACGCCGCUUCCGAGAUCUGGAACAUUUACAUCACAAUUGGCGUCAUUGCUGGCAUAGGCAUGACCUGCACGCAGACCGCCAGCUUUACCGUGGUGAGGCAAGCGUUCCGAGGGAGACAGAUGAUGUUGUGUCUUAGUAUCCUCUCCACGGGGGCAGGCAUUGGAGGCACGUUCUAUCCUUUCCUUCUGACAUUUCUGGUGCAAAGACUCGGGCUGCAGAUGACGCUACUCUCUAUUGGCGUGUUUUUUAUGACGUCAUCGCUUUUGCCGCUUCUUAUUCGAUGCCAUGAUAUCAAGUACGCGGAAACUAGAGAAUCGGAUGACCCUGAAAAAGGACCAUACACUGUUACCAAAAAUACGAGUGGUACAGAAUCAGAACCUGAAAACGGACCAUACAGUAUUACCAUAAAUACGAGUGGUAUAGAAUCAGAACCUGAAAAUGGACCAUACUUUAAUACCAAAAAUACGAGUGGUAUAGAAUCAGAACCUGAAAACGGACCAUACAUUAUUACCAAAAAUAAGAGUGGUUUAGAAUCAGAACCUGAAAACGGACCAAACAAUAUUACCAAAAUUACGAGUGGUUUAGAAUCAGAACCUGAAAACGGACCAUUCACUAUUCCCAAAAUUACGAGUGGUUUGGAAUCAGAACCUGAAAACGGACCAUACAUUAUUUCCAAAAAUACGAGUGGUAUAGAAUCAGAACCUGAAAACGGACCAUACACGAUUACCAAAAAUACGAAUGGUGUGGAACCAGAACCUGAAAACGGACCAUACACUUUUACCAAAAAUACGAGUGGUAUAGAAUCAGAACCUGAAAACGGACAAUACACUAUUACCAAAAAUACGAGUGGUGUGGAAACAAAACCUGAAAACGGACCAUACCCUAUUACCAAAAAUACGACUGGUGUGGAAUCAGAACCUGAAAACGGACCAUACACUAUUACCAAAAAUACGAGUGGUAUAGAAUCAGAACCUGAAAACGGACCAUACAUUAUUACCAAAAAUACGAGUGGUGUGGAAUCCGAACCUGAAAACGGACCGUACACUGUUACCAAAAAUACGAGUGGUGUGGAAUCAGAACCUGAAAACGGACCAUACACUAUUUCCAAAAAUACGAGUGGUGUGAUAUCAGAAUCUGAAAACGGACCAAACACUAUAACCAAAAAUACAAGUGGUGUGAAGCCAAAAGGAAAAGAUAACAUCAUUAAAGCAUCAACUCAAAUUGCUAUAUGGGCGGAUAUAAAAUCAAUUAUCAGUCUAGAAUAUAUUAUAAUUGUUUUAGGAUCAGACUUUAUUGUUGCUUCUAUAAAUGGUUCAAUCAUGGCACUGCAACUUGACCUGAUGAAAUCAAAGAACGUAGACGUGUCCUGGUCUAAUAUGGUGUUCAUCGUACGAAGCGUGUCCGUCAUAGUCUCAUCGCUGUUACCCGGCCUUGGUAAACAAUUUGGUAUCAGCGUUAAUGUUAUCUUAUCGAUGGCUGCUGUGAUCGGUGCAGCCGGGUACCUGCUAGUGCAACUCUCUUCAGGGCAUGUGUCGUUUUUGGUCGCAAAUGGUCUGGUGGGAACUACUCUAGGAGCCAGUUUGCCGGCGUCGAUGAUCGCCAUGAAGAUGGUGCCCAUAGAACAUAUGCCGGUAGCUUCCGGUCUGAUGACUUCCGGGGUCGGAGUGCUGUCGGCCGCGUCCGGGCCGUUGUUCGCAUUUAUUCGGGAAUCGACGGGUAGCUACGAUAUAGUGCUCUACCUGAUAGCGGCCAUCCACUGUGCUGCGGCACUCGCCUUUCUGGGAUGCUUGCUCGUGAAAAACCGGAAGAUUGAUAAUAGAAGUGACUUCGUCACAACGAGGCUGUAA